GAGAAAGGACAAAUGAGGGUCGAACAAGACACCCAGGUUCCUAACAGAUGGGGGUUUGGUGUGGUUGAUGGGGUUUGGUGUAGGUGAUGAGGGGUUGGUGUAGGUGAGAAAGCAGGUGAUGGAGUGUUAUGGAUGGGGCAGCAUUUGAGAAGUUCAGGCUGAUGGUAAUAAAGGAAAGGGUGAGGGUUUCAGCACUAUUGGCUGUUAAUAUUCCCUCAUAUCUAAUGUGCAGGAAAACCUGAACAAUGAAACCAAGAAAAAACAACCAAAGUGAAGGGGAGAGACUUGAAGCCAUUGACAUGGUGUUAGGAGAGGAUCGUGACAACUAUUUUGUUUCCCGCUCGAUUUAUUCCGAACAAAGUUUCGCAGAGGAAAAUGAAAGAAAUGAAAAGGUUUCGCAGAACCUGCGCCAUCGGCUACUUACACACUGCAGUUGUUCAGCGAGGAAGGCUCUGGCUAUUAUGAAGAGUAUUUUCCCCAUCCUGGAUUGGCUUCCCAGGUAUAGAGUAAAGGAAUGGUUACUGGGUGAUGUUAUAUCUGGCAUUAGUACUGGACUGGUGGCUACUCUGCAGGGCCUGGCCUUUGCGCUGCUCACUGAAGUCCCUGUUGCUUACGGACUUUACUCUGCCUUUUUCCCCAUUCUACCGUAUUUCCUUUUGGGAACCUCGAAACAUUUAGCUGUGGGACCUUUCCCAAUUACCAGUUUGAUGAUCGGGUCUUUAGUUAUAUCUAUGACCCCCGAUGAUAAAUUCCUGAUUUCCAGCAACAUGACGGAAUCUAACGCUACACACCUGGAUAUUGCUGCUCGCGAAGCUGAAAGAAUAACCAUUGCAACCACAGUUACUGUUCUUGUCGGCAUUUUUCAGCUUGGCCUGGGGAUUCUGCAAGUCGGCUUCAUUGUUCGGUAUCUCUCUGUUCCACUCGUGGGAGGAUUCACAACGGCAGCUGCAUUUCAUGUCUUUGUUUCCCAACUUAAAAUUGUUCUAAAUGUCCCAACGAGCAGCCACAGUGGGGUUUUCUCCAUCGUGUAUACUGUCAUUGACAUAUUUACCAACAUUCGGAAAACCAACAUUGCAGACCUGAUCGCUGGCUUGCUUACUUUUGUUGUUUGCAUCACCGUGAAAGAAAUCAACACUCGUUUCAAAGAUAAGAUUAAAGUCCCGAUUCCCAUCGAAGUCAUUGUGACCAUUGUGGCCACAGGGAUCUCCUAUGGUGUCAAUUUUGAAAAAAAAUAUAAUGCUGGAAUUAUUAAACAGAUUCCCACAGGAUUCCUGGCUCCGGUAGCUCCCAAUGUCAGCCUGUUUGCCCAGACGGCCGGCUCAGCCUUUUCGAUCGCGAUUGUGGGUUACGCUGUGGCUGUUUCUGUGGCUAAAGUGUUUGCUACCAAACAUGGCUACAGCAUCGAUGGCAACCAGGAGUUUGUGGCUCUGGGAGUCUGCAAUAUAUUUGGAGGCUGUUUCUUGUGCUUUGUGGCGGGAACAGCUUUGUCCCGGACAGCGGUGCAGGAGAGCACAGGGGGCAAGACUCAGAUUGCUGGGAUUUUAACCGCGGUAAUUGUGAUGAUUGCCAUCCUGAUAGUAGGCAAGCUGUUGGAAUCUCUGCAGAAGUCUGUCCUGGCAGCGAUUGUCAUAGCCAACCUGAAAGGCAUGUUCUGGCAACUCUUUGACAUUCCAGUAUUGUGGAGACAAAAUAAGAUUGAUUGUCUUAUCUGGCUGGUGACAUGGGUGGCGUCUGUGUUUUUGGGCCUAGACAUUGGCCUUUUAGUUGGUGUGAUAUUUGAGCUUCUCACUGUGGUGCUCAGAACACAGUUCCCAGUUUAUGCAGUUCUGGGGAAUGUACCGAACACCAACAUUUACAGGAAUAUAAAGACUUACAAAAAUAUUGUGGAACCCGCUGGUGUGAAGAUCUUCAGGUUCUCUUCUCCUGUAUACUUUGGAAGUGUCGAUUAUUUUCGAAACAAACUGAUUGCUAUUGUUGGAUUUAAUCCAGUCCGUGUGUUCAACAAGCGAGCUAAAGCCCUGAAGAAGAUACAGAAGCUGAUAAAGAAGGGACAGUUAAAAACAACCAAGAAUGGUGUUCUAGCUGAUGGCAGUUCUGCAAACGAAGCCUACGAACCCGAUGAGGAAUCUUCAGAAGAGACUGAAGAUGACAAUAUCCCCACAAAGGAGCUGGAGGUUCAGGUAGACUGCAAUUCUGAGCUUCCUGUUAAAGUAACUGUCCCCCAAAUCACCAUCCACAGCCUCAUCCUGGACUUCAGCAGGGUGUCCUUCAUUGAUAUUGUUGGAGUCAGGAUUGUGAAAAUGGUUAUCAGGCAGUUUGAACGUAUUGGCAUAAAGGUGUACAUCACCGAAUAUGAAGACCAUAUUUUGAAGAAAAUGGAAACAUGUGGCUUUUUUGAUGAUAAUGUUAAAAUUGACAUGUUCUACCUCACCAUCCACGAUGCUGUUCUAUACAUCCAUACACAGAACCUGUUUAAAGAUCUCAAAGAUCCCAUUUUAGAGAAGAUAUCACUCAUGGAAGAAACCAAUGAACCCCUUGCUGUGACAGACCUGGAGACGAAUGUUGAGAUAUUAGAGGAUCAGAACCAGGGACACCUUGGAUUUAGCUAUUAAUGUAAGAAACGUAAGAACGUGUGGAACGAAUAAGAAACGUCGUCAACCUCAUUCCUUUCUGCAUCAACCACUUUGUAUUUUGGGCAGAAAGUUCUACAACCUCCUGUCGUCCGUGUCUCCACAGACACCUGUUUGAGUUUACAUAAUCUACUCCCUCAAUAGCACAGAAACUACUAUGUGCUGUGGCAUAUUUACUUCUCCUCCAAUAGAGCUUCCAAGCAGCUUCUUAUACAGCUUUUUAUAUGAAGGGCUGGAGGCCUCAGCAUUGACUGAUGGACUCUGUCAGGAAAUAAUAUCACAUACCACAUGAAGCUCUUGAAUAUAAAAUCAAUAACAUUACCUUCUGCUCUCAUGGUCUUAGGUUAAAGUCUUUAAAGUCUCCUUAUAUCGACACCAGCUCCAAUGGCUCAUCAUUGUUAAAGACCUGCAUUGUAUCUUGCAUCAAUCAUAUUCAUUCUUCUAUUGAAAACAACUUCAGCUCUGAAAGUCUCUCAUCAUAACUUUGAGCAUUGGUUUGUUCUUCUCCAAACCAUCUGUAACGCAUCAAUGUCCAUUUGAAACCCAGGUUUUCAAGACUGAACAAACUAUUACAAAUAUGACUGUACAAGACUAGAGAUUCAUUUUCAUUUAUAAUCAAAUUGCUCAUGAAACUACAAAAUAGAACAUUGAUUAACUUUGUUGAUAAGAUCUUUAAAUUUGCCAGAAACCAUCAGUGAAUGUUCAGUAAUCACACGCAAACCCUUUCAUUCUCCACUUCUGUUCAUGGACAUCCCGUCAGUACAAGGAUUUUUCUUGUUACAAUAAACGUGACUUUAUUUGUCACUAGAUGCUC